CACCGGCGGUUUCUGGAAAUCUGUUGGUGCACGCAUUUUCUCAAAAAUAACAAGUUGAUAGCAAGCUGAUUGCAGUGUUUGACUGGAACUGGAAUGCUAUGUUUAUUUUCGACUACCACAAGGCAAAUGAUGACAGGACCGUGAGAGGCACAUACUUUGAUGAAUAUCGACGAACCAAAGGCAUGACAUUUCGCCGUCUCCUCUUUGCGUUUGUAACCCGGAAAUUAUACAGAUACCUUCAUACCAACGAGAGUUGUUUAUGUUCUCGUGUCUUGUCCUGUGCUACUCUGUAGUAUGUGAAGCGUGUUAUUUUCAUGACUGCCCUCCUU